AUGAUGAAGCCAUUAUUCUCGCGAAGCACGACGAAGAGAGGCGUCCGGCCGUCCCCGACAUUCUACGUCGUGGUGCUCUCCAUGUUCUUGUGGGCUCUCAUAUUCUCCCUCCACUGCUCCACCAGCUUGCAAUCCGGCGAUGCGAUCAAGCCGCCAGCCUUCCUCUCGUUCCGCUUCGGCCGCCCGGACCGGUGCGCCGGCCGGUACGUGUACAUGUACGACCUGCCGCCCCGGUUCAACGCCGACCUCGCCCGCGACUGCCGCAGGCUCUCCGCCUCCACGGACAUGUGCAAACACGUGGCCAACGACGGGUUCGGCCCGCCGAUCACGGGCGGUGGCGACGGCGGCUCGCUCCCGGAGAGGGGAGCCUACGACACCGACCAGUUCAUGCUAGGCAUGAUCUUCCACGCCCGGAUGAGACAGCACGAGUGCCUCACCGCCGACCCCACAGUCGCCGCCGCGGUGUAUGUCCCGUUCUACGCCGGGUUCGACGCGGCGAUGAACCAGGACAACAGCGACCUAACGGUGCGGGAUGCGCUGCCGCAGGACAUGGCGGAGUGGCUGGUGCGGCGGCCGGAGUGGCGCGCCAUGGGGGGCCGCGACCACUUCAUGCUAGUCGGCCGUUGCACGUGGGACUUCCUCCGCGGCCCCGACGGAGGCUGGGGCAACGCGCUGAUGACCUACCCCGCCAUCCACAACAUGACGGUGCUCUCCGUCGAGGCCAGCCCGUGGCACGGCAACGACUUCGCCGUGCCGUUCCCGUCCCACUUCCACCCCUCCUCCGACGCGGAAGUCAUCGCCUGGCAACACCGCAUGCGUCGGCAGGAACGUCAGCGGCUCUGGUGCUUCGCGGGCUACUCCCGGCCCAGCAGCAAGAGGACCGUGCGCGCGCAGAUCAUGGAGCAGUGCGGCAGGUCGAGCCGCUGCGCCAUGCUCGGCGGCAAAGCAACAACGACGCCGGGAAACUACUCGCCGGGCCAUGCCAUGCGGCUGCUGGAGAGCGCCGAGUUCUGCCUGCAGCCGCGCGGGGACGGGUUCACGCGCAAGUCCACCUUCGACGCCAUCCUGGCGGGCUGCAUCCCGGUCUUCUUCCACCCGGUGUCGGCGUACCUGCAGUACAUGUGGCACCUGCCGAGGGACUACAGGAGCUACUCGGUGUUCAUCCCCCGGGACGACUUGGUCGGCCGGAACUUGAGCAUCGAGGAGGUGAUGCGGAAGAUCCCGCCGGAAAAGGUGGCGCGGAUGCGGGAGGAGGUCAUCCGGCUCAUACCCACGGUGAUGUACAGGGACCCGGCGGCCAAGGGCAUGUGGUUCAAGGACGCGUUCGAUGUCGCCAUCGAACGGGUCAUCGACCGGGUGGCGAAGCGCCGCCACGCCGUUGCGGAGGGACGGGAGUAUCAGGACAGCGUCGAUGGUGACUACAGCUGGAAGUACGACUUGCUUGAGGAUGGCCAGAAGGAUAUUGGUCCGCACGAGUUUGAUCCAUAUGUGGCCACGUAA